AUGUCGACAAGGAUUCAAAAGGCUUCAGGGACAACUCCUUCCAGCAAGCAAGAGGCCAAGUAUGUUCCUAAGUUUGGCAAGAAGACAAAGAAAAAGCAAGAAGGGGUGCAGGUAGCUGUACCAAAAGAGGAGAAACACUCAAACACUACUGCAAAUGUUGAUGGUGCUCAAGUUGCAUCAAGUGGUGACAGCAGUCCAGUGCAAAAAGAAGAAGAUGUAACAACCUUACCUGCAGUGUUGGAUGAAGAAAAGAAGACCACAUCAGAAAAUGGGGUGGCAACAGAAACUACAAAAGUUGACACAGUGGAAACCUUCUCAACUGGAGGUACCAGUCUUACAAACAAUCUAGUGCAGAAACAAGAAGAUGUAACAACCUUACCUGCAGUGUUUGAUGAAGAAAAGAAGACAACAUUAGGAAAUGGGGUGGCGGCAGAAACUACAAAAGUUGACACAUUGGAAAUCUUGUCUACUGAAGGUCUUACGAACAAUCUAGUGAAGGAACAAGAAGAUAUAACAGCUAGAUCUACAGCAGUCGCUGAAGAAAAGAAAGCCGUGUCAGGAAAUAAGUUGUCUGCAGAAACUACAAAAGUUGACACAGUGGAAUCCUUGUCAACUGAAGGUACCAGUCUUACUAAGAAUCUACUGAAGGAACAAGAAGAUGUGGCAACUACAAAAGUUGACACAGUGGAAAUCUUGCCAACUAAAGAAACUAGUCUUACUAACAGUCUAGUGCAGAAACAAGAAGAUAUAACAACUACAUCUUCAGCAGUCGAUGAAGAAAAGACGACAGUAUCACAAGAUGUCUGCAGUCUAGUGCAGAAACAAGAAGAUAUAACAACUACAUCUACAGCAGUCGAUGAAGAAAAGACGACUGUAUCACAAGAUGAGGUGGUAAUAGUGUCAAUUGAUAUUGACCCAGUGGAAACCUUGUCAACUGACGCUACCCGUCAUACUCACGGUCCAGUGCAGGAACAAGAUGACGAAAUAAGCACAGGCAACAUCCUAGCUGAAGAAGAUAAAGUAUCAGACAACAAGGUGACAGAUGCUGGGACUAAUACAUCAACUGAAAGUGUGAAUCAUACCAACAGUCAACGGCAAGAAGAAAACAAGAAAGAUGUCACAAGUAGCAUCAUAGCUGAUAACAAACACUCCCUAGUACUGGAAGCUAAAGUAGCAGUAAGCACUGCAAAUACAUGUGACAUAGCAAAUCAGCAUACAAGUGGAGGUAGUGUUGUGUCAAGUGCCGUACAAGCAAGUGACAUUAAAACAGUGACAGUGGCGACCGUUAAACCACAGAAGCAGGAUGAGAUUGAAACUGCCAAAGACACAAAAGCAACAGCUAGUUCUGCUGAUGACCUGAUCCCCCCAAACAGAGAGCUACAAAUGGUUGAAGGAGCAAGUGAUGGCAUUUCAGCACCACUGAGAGAGCCUGACAACAACACUAGUGCAGCAGAAGAGAAAGUCAUCACAACAGAGCACAAAGCUGUGCCAAGCAGUGAAAUAUCUUCAGUACCAGAGGUAGAGGUGGCCAGAGAUGUUCUGUCCACCAUCAUUGAGAAAAUAGUCUCUGAAAAGGCUGUGAUCCAUAGCAGUAAUGACUCUACUACUGGAACAGAUCUGUCCACUGAGUUGCAAAGAAAGGAAGAAAGGUCAGCGAGUGGACCUGGGACUGAUUGUAAUGGGGAAAGAAUUGGACAGAAUGAUAUAUCUUCUUCUGAUGCACAAGUAGCAGCUCCAGAAACAGUGUCCACUGAGUCACAAGUUAAGGAAGGAAGGUCCGGCGGAGGAGAUGACAAUGCCGAGAAGAAAGCUGGACAAAAGGAUGAAGGUAGUCUGGAUACACCUGUUCCUGACGCACAAGAAACAAGGGAAAGAUCAAACUGUGCUGAUGUAGCAGACCAGAAUGCUCCACAACAAGGCUAUGAACAAAAUGAUUGUGGCUCCACAGACAAGUCCAGGGAAACCAGCACAGCUGAACACUCAGACCAGGAGGAUUCACAGGGCCUGGACAACUUUAUGGACAGCCUCUCCUCCUCCCAGCUGUACCAGAUGGAACAAGAAGCUCUCACUACGGCUCAACAGAUAAAUACAGUGAGACAGGAACCAGACGAGGGUGCAAGAAAGGCCAUCCUCGGACUGACCUCUGACCUAUCGUCCCUCAACAGAAGCGUGAUGUCCGUCUGGAGAGAGUUCAAUGCCCUACAAAAGAAGAGGCUCGCCAGAAAGAAAGAACAGGCUGCCAAAGCGUCCAGAGGCCAUCCCAAUGCUUUUCGUAAUGACAGCGUUACGACAAAACCCGUGCAGAAUGGACGCCGGGGAGGCAACGUGCGCACCCAAGUCGCUCAGCCAAACCCAAGCCCUAUGAAGAUUCGAAACGACAAGAAAGUUGUCUUCAGUCAUAUCGACCAGCAGAAGAAAACAGACCAGCAUAACACCAGACCGAUGUCUUUACAGGCUACAAACAAUGGUCAAUGGGGAAGCAAUAUUCGCACCCAAGUUGCUCAACAAAAUCCUAGCCCUAUGAAGAUAAGAAACAACAACAAAGCCGUCUUCAACAAACUUGAUCAGCAAAAGAAAAUGGACCAGCACAAGAUCCGACCCACGUCCUUGCAAGCUGUGAAGAACCGACAACAAGGCAGACUGCUCCCAAUGCCAAAGCCAAUGGGUAAACUCCCCUUUACCGGUACCACCACACACAGACAACCACCAAGAAUACCAGGACCGUACCAAAAUACUAACGCUUCCAGGGGGAACCAGCUUGUUCCACCCAACAGAAAGCCCCAAAAUGGUUCGACCCCAACCAAGGCUAGCUCCUCCAGUAAUUCUUUCAACUUCACCCCAACUAAACCAGCACAGGAUUUCAAGUCUUGUUCGUGA